AUGGACUUGUUCUGGCCAAGGGGAGGAAUGGGAAUUAGAUGGAGGGGCUUUGAAUAUUUUAGCUACACUGGGAAUUGUCUACGAGUAACUAUGCUGCGCCAGUUUCACGUGUGCACACAUAAUUUGACUGUGAAAGGGCAACUUUCUCGUUCCUUCGUCGACCUCGACCUCGACCUUCGCGAUUGUGAACUUGCCCAACUUGUCAGUCGAACUCACCCACCACCGCAUUGUACAAUUUUUCCGGCAACAUCGUCAAC